GCAUCGGGUGACAGAGCAGCGUCAUAAAGAGCACCUGUUUGUGUGGAUCACGACGUGCCAAACGGUUUAUGUAUGCUGAACGUCACGAAGACAGGAGAAAAACAGUAACUCGUGAAAUCUUUGAUCAGUCUGGGUCAGCCGCGAAGAAUGACAGCUCAGAAAAAUAAACACGGAAUUCUGGCUAUUAAAGAAUUGGAAAAUAUUCUAGACACGUGUAAAGUUGAAUUAACUCAAGUCGACGAGGUCUGGCCGAAUCUGUACAUCGGAAACGUGGCCAUUGCUCAGAAUAGAAAUGCUUUGAAGAAAAUGGGCAUCACUCAUGUUUUAAACGUUGCCCAUUCAAAGCAAGGAAGCAUCGGGGACCAAAGCUAUUAUGGCAAUACAAUAACAUAUUAUGGCAUUCCAGCAGAAGACUCCUCAUCAUUUGACCUUAGUGUGCACUUUAAACCCGCUUCUGAUUUUAUCCACAAAGCUCUGAAGAAAAAGAAUUGUAAAGUGCUCGUUCAUUGUAUCAUGGGAAUGAGUCGGUCCGCUACGUUGGUUCUAGCAUACCUCAUGCUGCGUCAGCGUCGUACUCUCCGUACUGCCAUCCAAACGGUGGUCCUGCGGCGACCAAUCUAUCCCAACAGGAACUUUCUGAGCCUUCUCUUGGAUUUAGACAUUCAGUUACAAAGAAAGCGAAUGUUAUGUCCCAUUCUCUGACAUUCGUGUUAUGAGCAAACAAACAGCCAAGCAUCAUUUGUAAUUGCGGUAGAGGGUAACCACCAUUGGUAUGUUUACAUUAUUUAAGAUGAUUUAUGUGUUGUGCUGUUGUUACAAAUACCCCCCCCCACCACCAUGUGUGCCUUUCAAGUGUAUUGUUUGUAUAGACUGUAUUUGUACUUUGCCGUACAUUCACAAAGUUGUUACAUAAAAACUGAGAAUUUAAACGCUUUAACACUUUAAUACUGAACCUUUAAAUGUCGUUUUAAUAUUGAAGCUUCUAAUAUAGACUUACAUUUUCCAGAAUGGAAUUCCAAUGUAAUAUAAAUGAUUUUCAUAAAUAUAUGACAUUGCAGCAAUAUAUGCUGAAGCACAUAGUUUACUACUGCAAAUAUCAUCUAAUAACAAAUUAAGCUGUAUUAAGUUGUGGUUUAUGAAUCUCAGCAUUUGUGAAUACUAAGAAAAAACUCACUGUCAGCAGUAUGGCUUUUACUUCGCUUUUGGCAUCCAAAUUUGAAGAACUUACUGGCCAACCUCAAUGUCUUUCUGUUGACGUUAUCAUGAAAGUCUUGUUUCAAUGAAUGAGCAACUCUCUGAUGUGGUGUUUUAGUGCAGCCUUUUUGUUUUAAUAGCAGAAUAAUGUGUUGCAUUCAACAGCAUCAGGUCCAGUGUGUAGUUUUUUGGAGGAUCUAUUGACAUAAAUACAAUAUAAUAUACAUAACUAUGUCUUCAGAGACCUUACAUGAUGAAGCCUUGUUUUUAUUACCUUAGAAUGAGCUAUUUCUAUCUACAUACACUGCGGGUCCCCUUGCAUGGAAUUUACCAUGUUGUUUCUACAGUAACCCUAAACGGACAAACUGCUCUACAGAGCACGUUUCGUAAAUACAAUAUCUCCUUCUGCAACGACACAAAAAAGUGAGGACAUCUUAGCCCUGUAUCAGUUGCUGUAGUGCUUGGAAAGGGAGGGGUAAGUGGUGGAGUGAGCCAUUAAUUGCAAUUUGCAACCUCACCACUAGAUGCCGCUAAAUUUCAUGCACUGGACCUUUAAUGUACAUGAACAGUUUUGUCUUUAAUGACAAAAAAAUAAUGUAUAGUUUAAUUCAACAGAACGUUUCAUUCAUUUACGGCAGUUAUACAGUACAUGCUCUAACUGUUAUAUCUUGUUGAACGUAUAAGUAAUAUCAUUACUGCUGGAUUCACGUGUCACAAAACAGGGUGCCAAAUAAACUGCAUAAUUUUACACACUAUCAAAUGUUGUAUUUUUGCACAUUUCAUUUCUAACAUGACAUCAGAAGAAUGGUAAAGCACAAUAAGUGUAAUAGAAAUCAAGCUUAUGCCGGACCUGCAUCCGAAACUACAGAAGUCAUAUUUCUUGUUUCUGAAGUCAUGCAACCACUUGUAAUAUAAAACUGUCUGAUGUAUAAUUAAAAACAGUCACCAAAUUGGCUUGAAUCCAGUAAUCCUUAUUGGAAAAACCCUGUUUAAUCGGUUAUUGUCAACUUCUCCCUCAA